UGUCGAGCAGGGGAAGAGUGGGAAGGGAACGUAGUGGGUUUGUAAUGUUAGCAAACGGUUUCCUUUGAGUCCUCUUCCUCCAUACGUCUCUGUUUUAAGAUGGCUCUAGAGUUGACCCAGUCGGUGACUACGUUAUUCCCAGUUUGGAUUAGAGCGGAGUCUGUCUGUGCUGAUUUCAUAGCUGCUGUCUGUGAACAGAGUAUCUGUCAGGCACGGGCCGCUGUCAUGGUGUAUGAUGAUGCCAAUAAGAAAUGGGUUCCAGCCGGCGGCUCCACUGGCUUCAGCAGAGUGCACAUAUACCACCACACGGGCAACAACGCCUUCCGGGUGGUGGGACGCAAAAUACAGGACCAUCAGGUGGUAAUAAACUGUGCCAUUCCCAAGGGGCUCAAGUACAACCAGGCCACACAGACCUUCCACCAGUGGCGCGAUGCCAGGCAGGUCUACGGACUCAACUUUGGCAGCAAGGAGGAUGCCAACGUUUUCGCCAGUGCCAUGAUGCAUGCCCUGGAGGUGCUCAACUCUCAGGACACAGGUGCAGGCCCCACGUUGCCAAGACAGAGCCCCCAGGUUCAGAAUGGACCUUCGCCAGAGGACCUGGAGAUGCAGAGAAGGCAGCUGCUGGAGCUGCAGCGGCUGAAGGAGGUGGAGCGGGAGCGACUGAAGGAGGUGGAGCGACUGGAGCGACUGGAGCGUGAGAUGCAGGAGAGGGAGCGAGAACGCCAACGCCAGGACCGGGAGCGCCAGGAGCGAGAGCGGGAGCGCUCCGAGCAGGAGCGCUCCGAGAGGGAGCGCACUGAGCAGGAUCGCCUGGAGCGCGAGCGUCAGGAGAAGGAGAGAGAGCAGCUGGAGAGAGAGAGGGCGGAGAGAGAGAGGGAGCUGAUGGAGAGAGAGAAGCAGGAGAGGGAGAGGAUGGAGAACGAGACGCAGCAGGAGCAGGAGCAGCAGUUGGACAGCGAGCAGAUGGACUGGGAGAGAGGGAGACGCAUCUCCAACGCCGCGUUUGAAAGUACCCUCUACACCCCUCCGCCUCCAGAGUACUCCUCCAAGACCUCCUCUACGUCUGUGUCUCCCACCACCCCCAACUACCCUCCGCCCACCCUGUCACCCUCCUCUGCAACACCCCCCACCCCGUCAUCUAUCUACUGCACUCAUAUAGCAUGCAACCCACCCGCACGCAUGCCUCUGGACCUCGGGUACUUCUUGAUCUCGGUCUCACUUCCCGCCUGCUCACCGCUGCCAUCUCUCCCUGUCCCUGUCGUGUCCUGCCAGCAGUGCGCCCGUCGUCUCUCCCCCAUCGCUCCCCUUGUGUCCUCUCCCUCAUCCCAGCCUGCUGUUGUCCCUUCUCCUUCCACAGCUCCCCCUGCCUCUGCUGACCUCUCUGUAAACCUCUCUGUGCUGGGAGACUCCUGCUCCGUGGCUCCAGAGGCCUCUCAGCCUGCAGACCCUCUGGCCCAGCAGGGUAAGGCCUCACCUCUCUCAGCCUCUCUCUCUACCUCCACCUCCGCUCACCCACUAAUGGGACAGGGGGUUCUGAUCCAUCUAGAGAUCACUCCAGAUGAGAGCGGCGAGGGCAACACAACUCCCAAAGUGUCAGCCUGUAGUACACCUGACAUGCCCAGAAAACCUUGGGAGAGGACUAACACUAUGAAUGGUAGCAAAUCCCCGGUCAUUGGAAGACCGAAGUCCACACCCACACCGACUGGAUCCCUAAGUGCCAACGGGGUGCCAACAGAAGGUCUCGACUACGACAGAUUGAAACAGGACAUUCUGGACGAGAUGAGGAAGGAGUUGUCGAAGCUGAAAGAGGAACUUAUUGAUGCCAUCAGGGAGGAGCUGGGAAAGUCGAACACGGCGUAGAAGGAUCUCACCUGCCUGUGCAUUACAUCCAUUACCGGACACCUGCGACAGGUCAACUUCAGAUAGGACAAUAUUAUAAAGAACCGAAAAAGGAAAACAAAAAAAGUCUAAAAAGGUAGUGACGAUAACAAUAAUAACCGUAUUAAUACAGAAGACAGCGUUUUGUCGGCAGAACAGCGUCACACACAGRUGGGGAUGAGGGAGAGCGGGAGGCCGAGGGAGAGCGGGAGGCGUGUAGCAUGGAAGCACUGCUGGCGUCCAUCUUGUGAAGCCUGGCCGUUCCUGCCAUUUUCCCGCAGCCUCACCUGGAGGACAGGACACAGUCUUAAAAGAGGAGUGACUGUCAUUAUGCAAAGAUUUCUCUCUUUGUCGAUAACACAAGAAAACAAGGAAAAUCAACAAAUAUAAAAAUAACUAUAUUAAACUGUAUACUGUAUUAACCAUUGAAGUGUGAGAAAUCAAACAGACAGCAUUUACACUAAGAAUUGGAACAGUUAGCGUGCACUUGUGAUUUCAUAGUGAAAAGACACAUUUAGUGGGUGAGUGUGAAGUUUGGAGGCAGGAGGGUAAGGGAAGUCGGACUCAGUUCCCCAUAGGGCCAUAGGAGGGAGCCUCUGGGUGUGAAUGAAGGACUGACUGAUGGACUUGGUAUAGUCUACUGCUGCAGGACUCUGUAAAGCUAGUCUUCCUCAAAUACUAUUUUAACCUGAAUAUGUACAAAAGAAGAAAAAACUAUAUCUACAAGUCGUUCAAUCAUGUCUGUUUUAAUGUAAACUAUGGCCAUAUCAAGUAGCUUAAUCAACUCUUUACAUGAUGGUCUGUCUCUUGGUCUGUUUGGCUUAGUAUCCGAAUAUCAUUAUCUUCUUUUUUCUAUAGAAACGAUUGCUCUAACGAGCUACUGUUCUGCAUUUCUGUGUGUUGCAGGCUGAUGAGACAGUCACAAAGGGUAUGCCUUUCUAAACGUCAAUCAUUGUAGCUCUUUACCAAACAACCUCUGUCAAUUAGUGAUGGUUAAUAAUGCUAAAAUCACCAUGACCAGAUCUGGAGAUGGAGCUAUUUGAAAUCUCUGUACUGUUAUUAUGAGCUGAACUUUUUUUUUUCUCUCUCCCUCGCAAUUUCUGGGCGGUUUUUGGUGCAUGUAAAGUUUUGUACGGUGAGGGUCGUGAGGCUGCCACGAAAUUGAAUUAUUGUCCAUUGGUUUAUAAGCAAUAAGUGUAGCAUCUAGGUUGAAUUCCCCCACAUUAUUCCUUUUAAAUGUUCGUGUUCUUUUAACUCCAUUCUGAACACCUGUUAAGGAUGUGACUGUGUGACAGUAUCUCCUCCUUUCCACUACAUCCACCUCCUCCAUAGAUUCUAACUGUGUGAAACAGAUGGGUAGAGAAGAGAUGGAUGAACAGACCCUCCCUGUUUAUAGCCAUUUAUGUACUUAAUUUACUGAGGAAUGCCAUUAUUUUUUUCAAUUUAUCUUAUUUUGUUUUGGGAUUCAAGGCUACUGUAUCUUUUUAUUGAUAUUUCAGCUAAAUUCCAUAUUCAAAUUUCUUUUGCUGCAUUUGAAAGAACUAGUAAUGAAGAAGGACAUGAGGGACACCCCAGAAAUAGGUUUGUCUGCAUGAUGUAUCCUUGGACAUGCUUGUGCCAUUAAGUGUUUCACUUGCGCUUAAUGAUUAUUCYUUUUUUUAAUUAAAUGCCUUUAUUUCCUCCCCUAUAAUUUGAAGUUCUGAUAAUGGCCCACCUUGUAUGACUCAUUUGGUCAUAGGAAUGGCAGCAACUUUUUAUUGAAAAUGUUUCCUUUUCAAAACAAAACAUUUUGUGUACAGUGCCGAGUUCGCGUUCCUAAUAAUCUCGAUGUACAAUCAACUGAGAGAAACCAAGUCAACCUGAGACUGGUGUGAAAGAAAGAACUGUCUUCAAUGUAAAACUCUAUUGCUUCUAUUCUCUUGACUUGCUGGUAAGGGGAUCGACUUUGAUCAGGGUUAUGUCAUGGCAACAGCUGAGGUGUGGGGGUGAGCAUUAUUCAAAACACUCCCCUUGUGUGUAUUUUGCUCAAACACAACUAAUUUAAUUCUCUCUGGAUCAAAGCAUAGGAAGGCUUGCACACGAGUGUUUACAGCAUCGAUUGCACUUUAUAAACCCAUCGAAAUUCAUGAUGCUAUGAUGAACCUGCUUACAAGAUGCAGCCAUCGCCAAGAGUGUGACUAUCGCACCAAAGGUUUCAGCUACAAUCUCCUCCUACACACGUCACGCUCUACUGGGUCGCCUUUUGUUUCAUCAUUGUCAAGAGAAGGAUACAUAUCUAUAUAUCGAUUUCUUUGGAUUGAGUAGUGAAACAUUCUGAUCAAGGAUCAUUCGUAUCUACGGAUAAUUCUGUUUGUAAUCUUCAUGGUUUGUGCCUUGUUCUGAAUUUGCAUUUAUAUGUAAAAGAUUUAAAGACCAGUAAUAAUACUAGGAACUGUCAAUCUUUUUUUUUGCAUCCUGGUAUAGUUAUUAUAAAGGGAGAAUAAUAUCCGUUUCAAAGUACAGACAUGGUGUAUUUUCCUCAUGCCAUUUGUAUGUUYCAGAGUGGUUUAGGUUCUUGGCGCUUGGAAAUCUGAAAAUAAAUAUAUCCUCUAAAUUGAAAUCAGUUGAUAUCAAAUUGUUGAUUUUUGUCCCCAACUCAGAAUUUGCCAUCUACUGAGGGAACUGAAGCUGGUGGACAUAAUAAAAAAUAUGCGGGAGAAAUUAAACUGAAUGUCUCUGAAAUGAAUUUAUCAGUUUCCUUUAUUUUUUAUUUUAUUCAAAUUGUACCAUACCAUUCUCAUGUUAAUUACAAUUUUCUUACAUGCUAACAUUGUUUUGUUUGAGCGAGUAAAAUAAAAAAUUGCAAUACAUGAUCAAAAAGUACA